CUUAGACCGACUCCCUUAACAUUCAUGUAUAGAGCUUUCAACCAUCAUGCCUAGACUGCGCAAGACUGUCCCGGUCGCUGCUUCAAGUAGCUACCCAGCUACACCGGACACCCGGAAACGUAAGCGAGGUAGUGCAAUCACUGUCGACGGGCCUGAUGGUGGACCGAGUCCAAGGACCCGAAAGCGUGCAAAAUCAGCUGAAGACCACGCCGACGACAAACCAAAACCUCCUCAAAAUAAGCACGAGGAAGUCGCAGUGAAUUUGGAAAGGGAGGUGACCACCAAAGCCAGCACGGCGACGAAGGGCAAGUUGGCGCUUAAGGAGGAGACCAUGGUGACGGUCGAGCGAACCGAAACGCCUACCAGCGGCACGCGCAAACGAAAAGGCAAAUCGAAGGUUAAGCGAGAGGCUGAAUCUGACUCGGAAGAGUACGACGGUGGAGGAGACAAAAGAGAGCAGGACGAACCGGUCAAGCCCAAGCGGACACGCAAAACGAAGGAAGAAAAGGAAGCAGCAGCAAUGCCGCUCGCUGCUCGAACUGCCGGCUUAAACAUGUACGUGGGCGCUCAUACAAGUAUAGCAAAGGGCGUGGAAAACGCAGUCACAAACUGCGUGCAGAUCGGAGGCAACGCAUUCGCAUGUUUCCUCAAGUCGCAGCGGAAAUGGGAGAAUCCUGCAUUGAAAGAUGAGAAUAUCAAUGCCUUCAAGAAGGCAUUGAUAGAACACAAAUAUGACGGGCUGUCACAUAUCGUCCCUCAUGGGUCAUAUCUUGUCAAUCUGGCGACCGAGGACGAGGACAAAGCCAAACAAUCUUAUGAUGCUUUCAUUGACGAUCUCCAUCGGUGCGAAGCCCUCGGAAUCCGAUACUACAACUUUCACCCCGGAGGAGCUGGGCAAAGUCCAUUUGCAGAGGCCGUCAGUCGACUCGCCAACAACCUCAACCGGGCACUGUCGGAAACGAAAACUGUUGUCCCUCUGCUAGAGAACAUGGCGGGACAUGGCACUCUGAUCGGAGGACGGUUCUCAGAUCUCCGAGAUGUGAUCUCUCAUAUUAAGCCUGAAUAUCAGUCCCGGAUUGGUGUUUGCAUCGACACGUGUCAUACAUUUGCGGCAGGUUACGACCUACGCAGUCCACAGGAGUUUAAGAAGACAAUGGACGAGUUCGACAAGGUCGUGGGUUUCAAAUACCUCAAGGCAAUGCACUUGAACGACUCCAAAAUGCCAUUAGGCAGCCAUAGGGACCUCCAUCAGAACAUUGGCCUGGGAUUUCUCGGACUGCGCGCAUUCCACAACGUCAUGAACGAACCACGCUUCCAGAACUUGCCUUUGAUCCUCGAGACGCCCUGCGAAAAGCCUGACCCAAGCGAUCCAAAGGGGAAGAAAAUGAUCGAUGACAAGAGUAUCUGGGCGACGGAAAUCAAACUCCUCGAGAGUCUGAUCGGGAUGAACCCCGAUGGUGAAGAGUUCCAGCGAUUGGAGAGCGAGUUGAGUGAAAGGGGCAAGAAAGAGAGAGACCAAAUGCAGGCGCAGUACGAGAGGUUGAGGGAGAAGAAGCUGCAGCAGGAGAAGAAGAAACUGGCCAAGGAAAAACAACUCGAGAAGGGCCAGAAGAAUUUGGUCGACAUGUUUGGAGGGAAACAGAACGCCAAUGGGUCAACAAAGAGCAAAAAGCAGAAGAAGCGGAAAGAGGAGAACGGGUCGGAAAGCGAGUCAAGUGAAUUAAGCGAUCUGAGCGAUCUGAGUGACUCGGGGCGAUGAAGAGAACCGUGUCCGAAGUUGAAAGAGAGACGUCCUCUUUGUAAAACAACCACUCGAGCUACAGUGAGACUUUUGUCAGAGGCGCCCUGGUCUGGAAAGUGGAAUAUAUGCAUAGAUACCCCUGAGUUUGAGAGGUGCGCCCUUGAUGCUAUGAUAUAUUCAUAGCCUCCGCUGCAAAACUGACAGAAAAGCGCAACUGGCCGUUACUGGAAUGCUCUAUAUGUCUC